AUUGGUUGGGGCUGGAGGUGGCUGCGGGACUUAAAUACAAGUUGCAUUUGAUGUUUGUUGCACAGCUGUGAAAAGGAUCUGCGUUAAACCGGCAGUAUUUGAGCGGUGAUGGCCUCUCUGCAGCUCGUCUCGCUGCUCCUCGUCCUCCUGGGCUGUUCAGCUUUUGCAUCGUUUAACCUGGAGGACUUGGAGAAUCCUACAGAUGAUCUGAGUGAAACUGGGGACCUUUGCCAGGACUGCACAGAAAUUGUAAAGCUCAUCGAUGACCUGCUUUCCAAUGCAGACUUCCAGAAAAAGGUCAUUAAUGACGUAGAUCACCUGUGUGACCUCCUGCCACCAAGUGUGGCCAAAGCCUGCAAAGACGAGGUGGAGAAGAUCCUGCCACUGGUCAUGAACGUGAUUUCUCAAUUUCUGCAACCAGAUGAGAUCUGCAAAAUAAUUGGGCUCUGUGGCUCCACCGGUGAGAACCUCCUCAGUCCUCACCUCAAAGAAGCCCUUAAAGCUGUGAGGAGGCUCGAAAAGGUGCAUGCCACAGGACAAUGCACCAUCUGUAUAUUUCUGAUCAAGACUUUGGAAGACAUGCUCCCAAAGGAAAGGACUGAGAGUGCCUUGAUCGAGCUGGUCCAGAAGAUUUGUGUAAUUCUGCCCGAGGCCUACCGAAAUGAGUGUGAAACCAUCAUUGGAAAAUUUGGGAAGACUGUGCUCGAUGAAAUCCUGCAUUAUGCCAGUCCUCGGGCCCUCUGCAGCCUCAUGCACAUGUGCAUGACCCAGGAGGAACCUCCUCUAGAUCUGUGCAUGCUGAAAACCUACAGUUGCAGAGAUGUAAAGACUGCCCUCAAAUGUGGCACUGUGUUCUACUGUCAGAAAUUCGUGUGGACUACUCGUAGCUACAACUCUUUCAAAAAGACUACGUGGGCCUACAAAGUCUGAGCCAACCUCAGAGGUCCUGCAGAUGACCACCAUGUUUCAGCAUCAAUAUUCCUCAAAAUGCUCACAAUUGUGCUAAUGUGACGUUUACAUUUUCUAUAUCACCUACAUAAUAAGGGGAGGGGGUGGCAGAAAUUUUUUUUAAACAUAUGUAUGCUUGUGUUUGUAUCAACACCUGUAACUUUAUGACAAUCAGCUUUAAUCACCAACUCUUGGAUUGAUCUGGAACUUCUGUCCUUAAGAAUCACUUCAAAUGUAUGACUGAGUAAUAAAUUUAACAUUUUUGAUAUUUGCAGCAUUUUAGUAUUUGCAGGUGGUGUUCAGACAUCUAGUCAAAGUUCGG